UUCGACAACCUGUAAAUACUCGUGAUCGAUUUGACCUACGAGUCUUGAACACAUCACAAUGUCCGACGAAGAUCAUCCUAUUUAUGCGCCCUUCUUUGGAGUAAUGGGCGCUGCCUCAGCCAUUAUAUUUUCUGCUUUAGGAGCAGCAUACGGCACAGCAAAGUCAGGUACAGGAAUUGCAGCCAUGUCUGUUAUGAGGCCAGAACUUAUCAUGAAAUCAAUUAUUCCUGUUGUUAUGGCUGGUAUCAUUGCCAUUUAUGGUCUUGUAGUAGCUGUUCUAAUUGCUGGUGGUCUAGAAGAACCUAAAGGAUAUACUUUAUUCAAGGGUUUUGUACAUCUGGGUGCUGGUUUAGCCGUAGGUUUUUCUGGUUUAGCUGCUGGAUUUGCUAUUGGUAUUGUUGGUGAUGCAGGUGUAAGAGGUACCGCACAACAACCUCGCCUGUUUGUCGGUAUGAUCUUGAUUCUAAUCUUCGCAGAAGUAUUGGGUCUCUAUGGUCUCAUCGUUGCCAUCUACUUGUACACCAAGUAAAACAAUUUUAGUAGCAGGAAUGCAAGACUCGUCGCCUGCAACCAACAACGUUC